UUUUGCCCUUUUUCCAUAUGGAGAUUAUCAACAAAGGAGGAACUGCAACAGUAUACCACUGUAAGGUGCAAGUGGACCUGGUUAAGGACGAUUUGGCGAACAUCUUGGAGUCCUCUAAGAAGACGGACCCAACAUACGGGGAUUACUACGAACUGGCGAUCAAGUCCUACAUGAGCGAAUACGCCGACGUAUACAUGAUGGAAAGCACUGCAUUCACCGGCAUGCAGGGCCAGGAAGGAUUGGGAGUCGUCAAGUAUCUUGGAGCGUAUCAUACCGAUGGCGGAAAUCACCGGGAUCAUAUUAUGCUGGAGUACGGUGAGCAAGACCUCGACGAGUACCUGGCCGACACCUGCCCACCAGUUUUGAACAAGGAAAUAAUCGACUUUUGGGAAAGUCUCUUCAAGGUCGCCCAUACCCUCGAAGGAAUACACAUACUCAACCACAAGGGAGAAGAUGGAAAUAUGCACCUACUCAAUGGUUGGCAUGGAGACAUAAAACCCGAGAACAUACUCCAUGUCCGUCAGGAAUUCAAGCUGGCUGAUUUUGGCUUCUCCAAGUUUAAGCAAGCCGACUUUGACAUCUCCAAGAUCGAAAAGCACAUAGCUUCAACACGCCUUCUUGGGGGCACUCGGACUUAUGGGGCGCCGGAGCGAGACACAGUGGGACGGAGCUCACAAACCACAGACACUUGGUCAUUUGGUUGUGUGCUCUCGGCUGUGGCAACAUGGGUUAUACUUGGCCCAUCAUUUUGCCUCGGUUAUGAUAGGGUACGCGAAGAUGCCAUCAAGGACUUACACAGGCGUCGCCAACACGACCCAAGCAUCAGCGUUCCCGAUUGCGACGACGCGUUUCACGACGGCAGCAAGGUACUUAAUGCUGUCACCGAGUGGCAUGAUCAUCUUCGAAACUCCACACGAAGAGCCGACACCAUUUCUCGCCAUGUGCUCGACCUCGUCGACCAAGGGAUGCUCGUUGACGAUCCUGAGAAAAGAUUGACGUCGGCCAAGUUGUGUGAGAGCUUGGACAAGAUCGUUUUGCGUGCGAACGACGAAUAUCAACAAUCCGUGGAAAACGGAACGCUGAAGAAAGAAUCAGAGGGGACCUUACAAGCCCUUUUAAAACUUGAUUUGCACGCGCCGACCAUUGCCAAGUCAUUCUCCCAAGCGGAGAAGGAAUCCGACUCUGCUAUCAACCCCAAACUGCUUCAUGAGCAGAACACAACUCUGCCACGGCCCCGUCUCUCCAACCGUGUUCGCAAGUCGGAAUACUUUGGCAAAAUUGUUAUUGCAAAGACAGCAAACCGAGAACAGGUGAUCCGGUCUGACUCAAGGAUCUCCGACCGAAAUGAGACAAGCGAGCAAAGCAGUCGUUCAGAAACCAUGCCUAUCCGCAAGCCACCCAACCCCAUUAUACAAACAACACACCAUGAACUAGAUGCAACGCAGUCGAGGGUGACAGGUAAGGGGAUCGAGAGGUCAAGGGGUUAUCUAUCGAUUGACCCCAAUGCAACCCGCAAAGAGCUGAACGACUCAUACCAUCCAGCCAUUCCAUCACCAAUAUCUGCCGUGUCGGAGCAAGAUUCUGGAGAAGAGGCUGUUCCGCCUACUCCGAGACCACAGUCUGGAAUUACCGCAGUUGCGAUGGAAUACUAUCGCCUUAUGGAACUGUGGGCGAAAUCCAAAGGAGUGUCCUCUUUUUUCUCCAAGAUUCCCAAAGAUGACUAUCUCGAUCACCACAUUUCGAAAAGAGAUAUUACAUUUGUCGUCGAUAACGCCCAUAGCAUGAAGCUUCACUGGACCAACUCAGAAAUGACUCUCUUAACACUGGCCAUGAAAAUUGGGCCUCUUGACAAGGAUGGCCUGGACCUUCGUUAUACCAUUGGUGAGCACCAUGAGUUGAACGACAUCAAGAGCUGGAGGAUCGAACCCCGGUUCCGGCAAUCGAUGAGUGACACAUACGACCGCAUAGACGAACGCGAUCAGACAGACAUGGCAGCAACGUUGUCGGCAAUUUUUGACGAGUACUUGAAGGAUUUCAGCAAGAAAAAGACCCUCAUCAUCCUAACCAACGGGCUUUGGGAAGGAUCGGCGCUCACCGAGGACGUCGAGAAUGUGAUACUCGAGUUCAUUGCCAAACUUAAGUCGAAGAUAGGUUCGUUGAAACGACGUUGGUUCACUAUCCAGUUCAUUUCCUAUGGGAAUGAUGAAAAGGCACUACGGCGGCUUCAACACCUUGACGACAAUCUGAACGCAAAGUAUGACAUUGUCGACACGAAGCCCUGGGAUUUUCCAGACGUGAAUUCACUUAUCCUGGGGAGCAUCUUACAAAGCGGAGACGACGCAAAGGCGAGGACAGUGGUGUCGACACCAUCCAUGCAAACCAGCCCCCCACAGAGCGCUAGAAAGAGAAGGAAUCGAUUUUCAGAAAUCUUGAAAUCAUGAAUGCGGCAUUCUUCUACAUUUUGGGAUGCCUUUACCUCGCGGGCGGGGUACAUUGGUAAUUACAUGUCUGCUGGUUUGUACUAUUACGGCUUGAUCUAUUUCCAUCACUAGAGGGUCUUUUGGGUAGUUUCUGUUUAUUGGGUAUAGAGGCAUUUGUUCCUAAUACGGGCAUCCCUCGGGCGUUUUCUGUUCGUUCCCAUGUUUGACAUGAUGUAUUCACAUGAUACCCG